CAAUGAGCUAGAGAGAGGGGGGGUGACUGGAUAAACUAUAGAGUCCAUGACGAGAGGAGAAGAGAAGGAGGAGGACGAGAGGGGUUGCAGUGCAGCACACCCGUGCGUAAAUGUGACCAUCCACGCCGUGCUCUCCAUUCAGCUAUUCUCUGCAUCCAGCACGGGCACCUUGCCUCCUCGCGUUUGCAGCCCCAAUUACCUGCACAGUGGUCGCUAGAGAAAUUUGGACCGUGGAGUCCCGGGUGUCGCGACUCGGCGCCCUCCUCCAGGGUUUAGGAGGAGCGCCGGGAACCACGUCUAGGUUUCUCCCGGGUUUCGUGAGCACCUCCGGCGAGAGUCAUGGCUCGGAACGCCGGGAGAGACGCGGCUCAACCCGGUCCCGGAUGCCCGUGAUGCGUGGCUUGAUCGCACCGCAAAACACCUUCUUGGAUACCAUCGCUACUCGGUUCGACGGAACCCAUAGCAACUUUGUGCUUGGGAAUGCCCAGGUCCAAACACUCUACCCCAUUGUCUACUGCUCCGAUGGCUUCUGUGAAUUGACCGGCUUUGCUCGCGCUGAGCUGAUGCAGAAGAGUUGUACAUGUACCUUCCUAUAUGGUGGAGAAACCAGUGACCACCUCACCUCGCAGAUGCAGAGAGCUCUGGAUGAGCGGCGGGAGUUCAAGACUGAAAUCAUCCUGUACAAAAAGAGUGGUUCCAAGUUUUGGUGUCUGCUGGACAUUGUGCCCAUAAAGAAUGAAAAAAGUGAGGUGGUUCUGUUCCUAGUCUCGCAUAAGGACAUCACAGAAAACAAGGACCAGGACCAUGGCAAUGAGUCUGACUCUGAUUCAAAAACAGGGCUGGAGGUACACCAGAUUAACCGCCCAGCAGGCUAUAGUACGGAGCGUCGCCGAAGUCGUGCUGUCCUUUACCAGCUGUCUGGACAUCUUCAGAAGCAAGACAAGACCAAGAGCAAACUCAACAUCAACAAUAGUGUUUUGGGAGCCAAUGCUAACCCGGUGCCUGAGUACAAAGUGGCAGACAUCCAGAAGUCCCGCUUUAUCCUUCUCCAUUAUGGCGCUUUUAAGGCUGGCUGGGAUUGGCUGAUAUUGUUGGCAACUUUUUAUGUCGCCGUCACGGUUCCCUACAAUGUCUGCUUCACAGCAGUUGAGGUACGAGAGGAUGGUGCGUCAACAGCAAGAAGCCCACCCAGUGUCAGUGACAUCUUGGUCGAAAUUCUCUUCAUGAUUGGUAAGGAUGUCACCUCAGUUCGAUUAAUUUCAUUUUUUGUUACCAAACCCAAAAUGAACCCUAUGUCUUUGCAUAUAUGUAUAUGUGUUUUAGAUAUCGUGCUAAAUUUCAGAACCACUUACGUGAGCACAUCUGGUCAGGUUGUGUACGACGCUCGCUCCAUUUGCAUUCAUUAUGUCACAUCCUGGCUGUUUGUGGACCUGAUCGCUGCCUUGCCCUUCGACCUGCUGUACGCUUUCAAUAUCAGUGUGAACUUUGGGGUCCACCUGUUGAAGACGGUCCGUCUUCUGCGCCUUUUGAGACUUCUGCAGAAGCUGGACCGCUACUCCCAGUACAGCGCCGUGGUCCUCACCUUGCUCAUGUCUACAUUUGCCCUGCUAGCUCACUGGAUGGCAUGUGUCUGGUACUUUAUCGGCCGCAGUGAGAUUGAAAGUAACAGCCCAGCUUCUUGGGACAUAGGGUGGCUUCAUGAACUCGCCAAACGUGUGGGCACACCAUAUUUCUUGGCACCACUGACCUCCCUACUGGGAGUGUCUGAUUCGCCUCAACGCCCUGUGGCACCAGAACUGAUUAACUCCAGUCAGUGGAACAGCUCUGGUCUCGAACCAUUGAAUGGAGAAGGUUUGUUUGGUGCGGCCCAGUGGAACAGUAGUAGGCCCCGCGUAAGGUUGCCAGGUGUCACUGGCAUGGCGCUGAGCGGCGGUCCAUCCGUGCGGAGCUCCUAUGUGACAUCGCUUUACUUUGCUCUGAGCAGUCUGACCAGUGUAGGUUUUGGCAACGUUUCAGCUAACACAGACUCAGAGAAGAUCUUCUCCAUCUGCACCAUGCUGAUUGGAGCAUUAAUGCACGCCGUAGUGUUUGGUAAUGUGACUGCCAUCAUCCAGAGAAUGUACUCACGACGCUCCCUAUACCACACCCGCACCAAGGAUUUAAAGGACUUCAUCAGAGUGCACCGGCUCCCCAAAGCCCUUGAGCAGCGUAUGAUGGAGUGUUUCCAGACAACUUGGUCGGUCAACAACGGCAUUGACGUCAGCGAGCUGCUGAAGGACUUCCCAGAUGAGCUGAGGGCUGACAUUGCCAUGCACCUUAAUAAGGAGCUGCUGCAGCUGCCACUUUUUGAAUCAGCCAGCAGAGGAUGUCUACGCUCCCUCUCACUAAUCAUUAAGACAUCCUUCUGUGCGCCAGGGGAAUUCCUAAUCCGUCAGGGCGAUGCCCUACCAGCCAUCUACUUUGUGUGCUCUGGCUCCAUGGAAGUGUUGAAGGACAACACUGUGCUCGCCAUUCUGGGAAGAGGUGACUUGAUUGGCUCUGACUGUCUGACACAGGAAGCAGUCAUUAAGACCAAUGCCUGUGUCAAGGCACUGACUUACUGUGACCUGCAAUAUAUCAGCCUUAAAGGGCUCCGCGAGGUUCUUUCUCUUUACUCUGACUACACCCAGAAGUUCCUUACAGAAAUCCAACACGACCUAACGUACAACCUCAGGGAAGGACACAGCACGGAGGCCGACUGUGAGAGCAACGGCGGACUUGUGAAGAAGCUUCCCUCCAUCAAAGAGGAUGAAGAAGGGUCAAACUCUGAGGAAGAACACUCACCUCUCCUGAAGAUGCCGCCCGUGGGCAGGCUGGGCCGAGGCCUGCGCUCACCCCUACGAUCCCCUUUGCGCUCCCCGCUGCUCCCGCCGAGACCCUUCAGACCACCGAACGAUCACACUCGACCGGCUGGUCUGCAGAUUCCUGUAGUGAGCUUCAGCUGCCUGCAGCCAGAGCUCAGCCCUCGCUUUGUAGAUGGCACUGAAACAGAAAAUAAAAGCGCUCAAGACACAAAGUUUGACUUUACUCAUACCAGCACUACACAGCGCUGUCUAUCCAGCCCCGAUCCAGUCACAGAGGAUGAUGACGGCGACACAAUGAAGGCUAUCGCGAAGCUUAAGCGAGAGAUGAAGGUUCUCUCCCACCAAGUAACCAACGUGAGCCAGGACCUUCAAGAAAUGACUCGACUUCUCAAACCACUUUUUCACAACCCCGCCAACCUGUUGAUGCCCAGUGCCAUCACUCCACCUCCCAGCGUUUCUUCGCACGGUUGCUCCCCGGCACCACCGAUUUUUAUACAGCAAGGAGAGGGACAACAUCUUCAGUGCAUCCCGAUAGCAGAGCCAUCAGCGCCUACGCUCAGCGUGACAGGAUUGGACUGUUGCAGGAGUGCACACGCAGCAGAGUUUGACCCCAUUCACUGUUCCAAUUCACAAAUCACAGCCUCAGUUAAUGCUGCAGCUGGGUCUCCUUGCUCAGCUCCACCAUCCCUUCAAAAUUCCCCACACGAGCAGAAGCUAAUGCCAGUUCCCUCCUGGUCAGCCUCUAUCCCCUCACUCUCGUUGCCACGCACACCUCCUUUGCAGGACUUAACUGGGCAGAGUUUUGAGCCAACAGCCAGAGGCUCGUCCCAAUACUGGCCCCAGGCACAACACACCACUCAGCUCAGUUUCGUGGAUGAGGGGCAGCCGUGAGCAAUCUCGGACGAAAUUUGGGAAACUGCAUGGCAAACGUGUCUGAGACUGGCAUGGACUUUACAAUGUAAAAACA